UCCUCGCUAGGCCCGCCCGGCGGCGCAUGCGGCGCGGGAGGCGGGGGAUGGCCGGAGAUGGCGGCGGCGGGCGCGGCGCUGCGGCGGUACCUGCUGCUGCUGGCGCAGGAGCACCUCGAGUUUCGCCUGCCGGAAAUAGCAUCUUUGCUCUCACUUUGUGGUGGACAGUUUAGCAGUCAGCAGGAAGUCCGUGUAAAUUCUCCGUUUUGGAUUCUCAAUAUUCCUUCAGAAGAGAUGGCAAGGGGGCUGAUGAAACGGACAGUAUGUGCAAAGUCUAUAUUUGAGCUGUGGGGUCACGGCAGAUCUGCAGGGGAACUCUAUGCCUCCUUGAAGAGCUACCCAGUGGACAAGAUGCUUCCUUAUCUCCAGCCAGACUCGACAUACAAAAUACAUAUUCAUACAUUUAAUAAGACACUGACCCAAGCACAGAAGAUAAAAAAAAUAGAUGCUCUUGAAUUUCUGCCAUUCAAUGGAAAGGUAAAUCUAAAGAAUCCGGAACACAUCUUCUGGAUUUUGGAAGAUUAUGGAACGGACCCUAACAAUGUCCCAGAAGAACCCUGUGAUCUGUAUUUUGGUAGAUGGAUUGCAGAUGGCCAAAGAGAACUUAUUGAGUCCUACAGUGUAAAAAAGAGACACUUUAUUGGAAAUACAAGCAUGGAUGCCUGUCUGUCAUUCAUCAUGGCAAACCAUGGGAGAGUAAAACCCAAUGAUAUUGUAUAUGAUCCAUUUGUUGGAACAGGUGGCCUCCUUAUCUCCUCAGCACACUUUGGAGCGUACGUCUGUGGUACUGAUAUAGAUUACAACACAAUCCAUGGAUUAGGCAAGGCAAGCAGGAAAAACCAGAAAUGGAGAGGGCCAGAUGAAAAUAUCAGAGCUAAUCUCCGACAGUAUGGUUUAGAGAAAUACUACCUCGAUGCACUGGUUUCUGAUUCUUCAAGACCAAUAUGGCGAAAGGGAGCGUUGUUUGAUGCAAUCAUUACAGACCCACCAUAUGGUAUCAGAGAAGCUACUCGCAGAACAGGCUCACAAAAGGAAUCAGUUAAAUCAUCUGAGAGAAGCACAGAAAAUCACAUCAUCAUAUCAUCCAGCUAUCAUCUGAGUGACAUCUUUUUUGACCUAUUGAAGUUUGCAGCAGAAUAUCUGGUGAUGGGAGGAAGAUUAGUUUACUGGCUGCCGAUAUACAGGCCUGAAUAUACAGAACAGAUCAUUCCCCGCCACCCAUGCCUGAAACUUAUUAGCAACUGUGAACAGAUGCUUUCCAGCCACACAUCAAGGCGCCUGAUAACCAUGGAGAAGGUGAAGGAAUUCAAGGAUCAAGACCAGAAUUCUUACUUGUUGGAUGGUCAGUACAUGCCAUACAAGGGACACAAUUCUUUCCGUGAGAAGUAUUUCAGUGGUGUGACAAAAAGAAUUGCCAAGGAAGAAAAAGACAACCAGAAGUAAAAUAUAAUAUAAACACAUUAAAAAAUGAGGAAGGAAUGAAGAUUCUGUUUCUUUGUAAAGACAUCUGGAUACGAACGUUCAUUUGGAUGCUUCAGAAAAAUAAAUACUGCUUUUAAUUUUAAAGCAAGAUGGAGCCCACAUCACAGGUUGAGAGCAGUUCUUUUUAAUUACCUUUGUUUAUAGCAGAUUUUAUUGUACAAUGUUUCUGAGUUUUAUUUAAUUUAUAUUUGUGCUUUCAAGUCCUAAUGAUGAUUGACUAAAACCAUUAUUAUUGUUCUUUCACCAUUAACAUUUACAAAAAGUAGUAGUGUUAUUUGGCUUCUUAAACUGUGAACAUCUGGCCGUUUUAGAAACACGUGGUGGUGAUCAAGGAUUGCUUAAUUAUGAAGAUCAGUUUCAUUUGCUUUGGGUUUUUUUCCUGUUGUUCCUUUUUUGUUGUUGUUUUGUUUUGUUUUCCUAAGUGGUAUACAGUAAAACAGAGAAGUUUGUCAUGAGAUUUUAUUUUUAAUUGUUGUUUGCAAUAACUGCUCAGACGGCUCCGGCUGAGGACUGUAGUGUUUAAAACAAGCAAACAAAAAAGCACUAACACAAAGAAACAAAUGCGUGUAUACACACAUGCACGCGUCUCUGUGACCUGACAAACACUGGAGAGCCUGUUAAACCCUGUGAAGUUUGUCCACAUCUGAAGCUCAUCUGUGCUUUGGAUUUGCUCUUGCAUUCCUAAACCUUGACUCUUGGUCAAGCCAACUGUCUGCAAUUUUUGGUUCAGAAAUUGAUAGUUAAAGCAGUAACAACAACAGCAUAAAAUCAGUAAUGGUUCCCUAAUGGUAUUAAGCCUAAUCAAAUCUUUGAAAUUGAAGCUGUAUUUGUCAAAGGGAAAACUUUGCUGAAUCCACACCGUGUCCAUCAUGAAAAUACCUCAUUUGAAAACCACUAAGCCCAUUAAUUCAGGAUGUUAAUGGCUCUUUUCGUUUUGGUGGUCAAAUAUUCUUCAAGAGGGCGUUGGUGAACGGAUCUGCUUGCUCCAACUAGAGAAAGCCUUGCUUCUUAAUUUGCUGCAAGCUACUGACUGUGGUCAUUUUACAGUCUUUGUAGGUAAUAAUCUAGAGCCUCUCCAAAAUCCCAGUCAUACCUAGGCAGGUAGGAAUCGUUGUGCAUUUGGUUGAGUUCAUUAACUGGAUUUGCUCUUCUGUGUGUUGUGGUCCUCAGCUGCAGCAGGGAGAGCUCAAAUAUUCAGUGACAACUUUGUCUGACCUUCUGGAUCUAAUCUGUGGUGGUGUAGGUAGUUCUGAAAUAGUGAUUUAUUUUCUCUGUUUACAUUAUAAAUCACUUUGUUUUGAGACUCUUAAUGUCAGCCGUAUAAUAGUUGUUCUGGGCUAAACUUGGAGGGAGAUGAAAGCUCAGAAAAUUUUCAAAAGCAGAACUUGAAUUGAUCACUUUCAAAUAUUACAUCAAGAAAUUACUGCUUCUGAAAAGCUGUCUUCAUGCAACUUCUGACUUCAAUUUUAGUAUUACAAUUUGACAUUCAGUCUUUAUUACUUUACAAAUUAAAAUUACUUUCUGUUCUUCAUAGGCAAGGAAUUUUUGUAGAUGGAUUUAUUAUGCACUUAUAACUUCAUUUUCUUAAAAGUUACUCUACAUAGACAUGAUAUAAAUGGUUAUACAAGAUGUAAGGUAGUGGCAAAUCUGGCUCUGUCUAUUUAAAGAGAAUGAUUUAGUUUAUUUCUCCUCUUCUUGGUCCAACUUUCAGUCCAUUCAGCAGCGGUGGUAUGGCCGCUGUUUAGCAGUUCAUACAUAACAGCUCUAUGAUUACAGAAGAAUACCAUUUUGAACAGAAACUGUAAGUGUAUUUGGGGUACUACAUCAACGUACACUAAUCAAAAAGUUUGGAAUUGAAAUCAGAUGUUCAAGCUCUGCUGAUCCCCAAAAUUAAAGCUAUCAUUUGGAAAUA